AGUCCCCUUGAGCCCAUGCUAGAAAUCGUGACAGCGCCUUUCUCACAGAAUAUUUUUGAGAGAGUACCGUAUUCGGUGAUACCAGAUCGUACUUGUUCCAUCCCAGCUCUCAUCAAGCGUUUACUGCAGGUUCUCCAAUAUGAACGCAACACAACUCGUCGAGAAGCACUUCCAGACCCUCAAGGUCGACCAACAGGCAUGGCUCAGCUUAUACGCCCCCGAUGCCGUCGUGGAAAUGCCAAACUCGCCUCAUCCCCACCCUACCAAAGUAGAGGGACUCGAGGCCAUUGGCGCUUCAGUAGCGGGCUUCGUCGGCAGUAUGGGCGAUGACUUUAACGUCCAAGUCAAAAAGGUUUAUCCCAUCGAUGGCGAGGAUGCUGCUUUUGUCGAAUUCACCAUGACUGGAACGGUGACGAUGACGGGGAAAAAGUACGAGCAGAAUUAUGUGUCAUAUUUCCGCGCUAAGAAUGGCAAGAUUGUUCUGUAUCGGGAGUACUUUGACAGUUCACGGAUAGCUGCGGCUUUUGUGCCUGAUAAAUAGAGUAUUUUGACGGGAUUAUGUCUUAUAGAAGCGUGGUGCUAGCAUAACUACAACCGCAAUGGCUUUCCUUACUGCCUCUUAUUGUAUAACGUCUUGAUUUAGAGGAGACCAGGGGGGCGUCGUUUUGGAAAGGUAUUCUCAUACGCACGCAAAAAGUUUAGCAGCAUUCCUUCACCUCCGGCAGUCGUAAAUGCAACCAAACCAAUGGGCCGGCCGUUGUACUCGAGGUAUGACAAUGGCAUCGUUGCGGAGGGGUAGCCUAUCAAUGCUUAACAAAUGCCUACGAGUAACUGAGCUGUCAUGGAUCCAUACCGGCAGCCGAUACUAACAAGUUUAC